UCACACAGAACUUGUGACAGUCGUUCUAUUCGUAGAAAAUCACAAGUUUACUCUACGCUAUUAAGUUGCCGGUUGUCAUCUCGAGCAAUAAUUCAAAUUCCCGCCUAUCUAAAGUGAUAAGUGACCAUAAAAGGUGAUUCUUAUUCAGGUGUCAUAAGGAUUUAAGUGACGAAAAAAGUGCAAUGACUUGCUUGCACAAUAAUAUUUAGCUUUUGUGAUAAAUGUUUUUCGUUGGAUAGACGAAACUGCAACAGGGUGAUGUUGAUAGUUGUGGGGUUGAGUAUUUUUGAUAAGUAAAUAAAUAUUCAAGUAUCAGACACGGGAUUUGAGGGCGAAUUAACGUGCGUCGGUGACGACGCGUCCAGCAACGACGAAUUCUACCAGGAAAGAAGACGAAUCUGGAGGUCGUGGGAGUUCCGCGAGGUCGCGGUGGAGAUCGGGAAAGUGUUGUUCAGCCACGAGUCCAGGAUUCUCACCCCCGGCGGUGGUGCUGUCUCGCCCGGAGGCACUGGGCCUCCUGCGAGCCCACCAACCGGACACUACCAUUCACAGCACAGUCCGCCACUUAUCAAGAUUGGCUCAGUCCACAGCCACCAGUCGACGAAUCAUCAAUCAGGUACUCAGGUACGGUCGACAUCGCCGCAGUCACAAAAUCCAGUGGCAGGUACCGGAGCAACGACGGGGGGCCCAAGCGCUACCCCGAGUGUCGCAGCAAGGGCGGGGGGCAUGUUUUGCUAUCAUUGCCCCCCGGGUUUGCCGGCACCGAGACUUCCGCCCACCUUGGAGUACUCAUUUGCGCCCACUCAUCCCUACACAAGUUACUCGGCCUAUCACCCGGCAUUGCAUGGAGUCGGCGAGGAUUCAUUUGUCCGACGGAAACAACGGCGAAAUCGGACGACUUUCACGCUUCAGCAGUUGGAAGAGUUGGAGUCAGCUUUUGCUCAGACCCAUUACCCAGACGUAUUUACACGUGAGGAUCUGGCGAUGAAAAUAAACCUCACGGAGGCUCGUGUCCAGGUUUGGUUCCAAAACCGGCGAGCCAAGUGGCGUAAGAGCGAAAGGCUGAAGGAGGAACAGAGAAAGCGUGAAGGAGGGGUAGCUACUAGUGGUACUCCUGGUACUGGUAUCAGUGGGGGAGGUGCGACACCCGAAGCAGGAAUGCCGCCAUCUUCUUCAAGUGGCCCCAGUCCGACGAGUCAUCAGGGCGACCCAAUGGAGACCAAUGAUGUUGAGGAAACCGGACAAGAGUGUGGCGGGACUGGUUCUCGCAGUCCCAGCACGACAUCUGCGUCCGUGAGUCCAAGACCCCAGCAGUCACAGAGCCAGCCGUCAUUGGGUGGUGUUGCGACGCCACCGCCGACGCCAAUAAGGGCGCCACUGUCGACUAGUUCUGUUACUGGUUCGCUAGGGCCACCCUCGGAAAGCUCAACAGCAGGAUUCAGGCCAUUGGAACCUCCAACAUCGUUGUUCUUUUCCCCCCACUUGGCAGCCCAGUUUUCACCACCGCUGUUUGGCAGUAGUAAAAUAAUUGGCUCAACGGCAUCGACGUCACUGACAUCAGCAACGCCGUCAUUGUGGACCACCAGUGAUCAUCGUCCAAGCAGCCUGCAGGAGAUGCUGUCAUGGACAACACCAGCAGGCUGGCCAGGAUCACUGUGUGGCUGCUGCAAGCCUGGUAGUGGUGAUCUCCAUCGGAGCAGCAGUCUAGCUGAAUUACGUCGUAAAGCACAGGAACACAGUACAGCGACAGCGUUACUUGGUGGGUUGGCUGGAUUUCCUGGUGGUUUACCGUUGCCUCUUCAUUUGCCUCUACUUCCACCGUUACUUGGACUGUCACGGCGACCUGACCAUCAUCAUCAUCAUCAUUUAUCAAGUGUAGUCCAUCAAAUCCAGCCCACGACCAAAGAAGAUCCAUAAGGACAGACCUCUAUGGAAGACAUUUUGUCGUAGACGUUUUUGAAGCAAGAGAAAUCAAACCACGACAAGUAUUUGUUAAUCACGCUGGUCUAAAAAAGGUUAUGGAGAAUCAGGACCAAUAUGUGUUGUGCCUGAUGAUUGAUUUACUAGGACUAUAGUGUUAUUUAGAAAGUGAGAUUGAAUGGUAAUGUUAUAAAAGGCGUCUUGUGACGUUUUAACACUAUUAAUAAUAAUAUAGAAAAAUAUGUAGAAAGUUAUGAAUGUUUUUUUCAAUGGAAUAAAGGAAUGAAAGCUAUUUAGGGUGAACCGAUCUUAGGUAUUAGACAUUAAAAAAUCCAACAAAAAAUGAUAAAUCUUGUAUAUGCAUUAAUGGAAAAUGAUGUAACAAAAAAAUAUACAAAUAAAAUUAUAUGA